AUGAGUGAGGACGGCCUCAGCCUCUCUUGGCUGUUGACCAAAGAGGCCUUGGAGCAUGCGCAAGAAGCUGCUUACGAAAAGGCCGCUCAGGUCCUCCGUGAACGCUGCGGCCGCGGUCCGACUGCGAUUCGGCCGCUGGGUAUCGCAGCUGGAUCGCAGCUGGUGACCUUCUACGCACGGAAGGUGCCGGAGCUUUGUCGCUUGUGUUCCGCACCAACGGACGUGGCGUGGACGGCCUUGGUCUUCUUCCAGCGCUUCUACGCCUUUGCCUCGCCCAUGGAGUUUGACCCCUGUGUCAUGAUGUACACGAGUGUUCAUUUGGCCUGCAAGAUUGAAGAGCUCCGUGAGAUCACUUUGGACAAGUUGUUGGAGGAGAGCGGCUUCAGUGAUGAUGUGGCAAUGAAGGUGAAGAUCACCGAUUUGGAAUUGGAGCUCUUGGAAACCAUCGGAUUUAAGCUGCUGGUCGAACCCAAACCCGCAGAUGCCUUGCGUCUUCUUGCAGAGGAAGGGGCACGCUCCGUCUUGAAUCUAUCGAGCAUAGCGAGUCCUGAAGCUGCUGAGGAGUUGUUGGCGAGAGCUGAGAGCAUCGUGUUUGGCUUGUGCACGCAAAGCAAUGCUCUUUUGAUAUAUCCCGCCUCUUUGAUCUUCGCAGCUGCUUGGGCAGCUGCCUUGGAUGAAUCAAGCAAAGGCGAGCAAGGAACCCAAACCGGCAAGUCACCUUCUGCGGCAGUAUUGGCAAUGCUAUCAAACUUGAAGAAGAAAGUAGGCACAACAGAGAUCUCCCGAAUUUGGAAGGACUUGCAGCAUGCGAUUGACAGCUCCAUCCAUCGGGUGGAGCCUGCCAAUGCGGCCAUGCAAGAGACUGCCAAGACGGCGCGACACUGCCAACGAGCCUUUGGGAUUCUCCAUGAGGAGCGAAAGCAACGCAGCGAGGCACAUCGAAAGGAGCGCAAGCGACGGAGGCACGAUGGCCUAAUGCCGGGAGCCAGGUCUGAAAGCCUUGAGGAGCUGAGGCGCAAGGCCAAGGUGUUACAGGGAUGUCAAGAUGAGAGGGAAAGUCAGGAGGAUUUUGUGAUUCAUGGUCCUCGUGAUAUGGAACUCACAGAUGAAUAA